CCCGUCAGCUGACUCGAAAAAUCCCUGGAGAGGGGCCGCCGCGCCUACAAAAGCAGGGAAGGCGGCCGGGAGCAGCGUCGCGGCCUCCCCUGCAGCGGCGGGACCCUCCGGCCUCCCUCCUCCUGCCGCCAUCGCCGCCAUGGGCUCCCGCGGCCGCCUCCUCCUCCUGCUGCUGCUCGCCCUGGCGGGGCCCUGCGCGGCCCUCAUCAGGAUCCCCCUGACCAAGUUUCCCUCCAUGCGGCGAGUCCUGAACGAGGUGGGGAGUGAGAUCCCGGACAUGAAUGCCAUCACCAACCUCAUCAAGUUCAAGCUGGGCUUCAGUGACCUGGCUGAGCCCACUCCAGAGAUCCUGAAGAACUACAUGGAUGCCCAGUAUUAUGGUGAGAUCGGCAUUGGGACCCCCCCACAGACGUUCACUGUGGUCUUUGACACUGGCUCCUCCAACCUCUGGGUGCCAUCUGUGCACUGUCACCUCUUGGACAUUGCCUGCAUGCUGCACCACAAGUACGAUUCCUCCAAGUCCAGCACCUACGUGGAGAACGGUACCGAGUUUGCCAUCCACUAUGGGACGGGGAGCCUCUCUGGGUACCUCAGCCAGGACACUGUCACGCUUGGUGACUUGAAAAUCCAGAACCAGAUCUUCGCGGAGGCCGUGAAGCAGCCAGGCAUCACGUUCAUUGCUGCCAAGUUUGAUGGCAUCCUGGGCAUGGCAUUCCCGAGGAUUUCUGUGGACCACGUCACCCCUUUCUUUGAUAACAUCAUGAACCAGAAGCUGAUAGAGAAAAAUAUCUUCUCCUUCUACCUGAACAGAGACCCCACCGCUCAGCCUGGUGGUGAGCUGCUCCUGGGAGGGACUGAUCCCAAAUAUUACAGUGGUGACCUCAGCUGGGUCAAUGUCACACGCAAGGCCUAUUGGCAGAUCCACAUGGAUGGGUUGGAUGUUGCCAAUGGCCUGACUCUGUGCAAAGGGGGCUGUGAGGCCAUUGUGGACACAGGAACAUCACUCAUCACUGGCCCCACCAAGGAAGUAAAGGAGCUGCAGAAGGCCAUUGGUGCAAAACCACUCAUCAAAGGCCAGUAUGUGAUUGCCUGUGAUCAGGUGCCAUCUCUGCCUGUCGUCACACUAACACUAGGAGGGAAGCCCUACCAACUGACUGGAGAGCAGUAUGUCUUCAAGGUUACUGUGUCAGGAGAGACCAUCUGCAUGAGCGGUUUUUCAGGCCUGGACAUCCCACCUCCAGGGGGCCCUCUCUGGAUCCUGGGAGAUGUCUUCAUUGGCCCCUACUACACCGUCUUUGAUCGUGAUAAUGACUCUGUUGGCUUUGCCAAAUGCGUCUAAGCGCCUAACCCCACUGCCUCUCCCACACGCACUUACACACAUGCACAGGAGCUGUAGAGAAAGAUUACCAGGAUUAGAAACCCAAUGAGUGGAAAGGAAAGAAAAGAAAAAGAAAUGGAGCUAAGUUUAAAAUUACAUGGAAAAUAGUCCUUAGUGCCCUGCUAGCUACUUGUUCCCCUCUGUUGCAUAGGUGGUGCUGGGAGGACUCUAGCUGACAACUCCAGCUGGAGUGGCCCCUUGCUCUACUCCUAGGUCUUUGUCUUUAAGAAUUAUUCUCAGAAGUGAACAAGACCCUCUUGUGUCUCCUAGCUCUGGUCUCCUUCCUGAGGGGACAGCUGGCUUGAGACAGUUCUUGGCACCUCUGUUCCUGCAGAGAGGUUGUGCAACUGCUCUUGGGUUUGGGCUUCUAGUCUCGGGGAGAGGGUCAGGGAAGGCUGCCCAGCACAUUAUUUACUUCUUGCUUUUUCUCUGCUGAAGUGGGUGAGUGAGAUGUGGGGGAGAGUCUGUCUUUUUCACCCCUCCACAAUGGGUUGAGGCAGCUACCACUCGGUCAUUUCUCAAUGGAUUUGUGCUGGCUUGGUCCUAGGAGAGCAUGUCCCAGGCUGGAACAAUGGGGGAUUGCCUAAGGGUUGAGUUGCAGAGCCCCAGGGCUUUGGUGGUGUGUUUUUGUGUUGCAGUGGCACUAGUGGGAGAGCUGGAGGCAUGAUGUUGGUGUGCCUGACAAGGCAUAGGGAGGCUCCAGCCAGUGGGACUCCAGGGAGUGAGAAUAUAAAGGGGUCAGGAUAGCAUUUAAUAGAGGUCACAUCAGUUCAUGGCCAAGAAGGCCUAGCUUUUUUGCUGAGUAAAGUCACGUGACAGGUUCUCUCGAGUUCGGUGAACUUCUUCCAGGUUCCCCAAACCACCAAUCUUCCCAGCUUCAUCUGUAGCCAGUGAGUUGACAGUAAUGUUUCCUAAAGCAAUUAAGUGAUCUACAAGCUGAAAUCAUGCUGAUAAAAUCUGUAGGUGUUUGUCAGCCAUGUAAGGCCUUUUGGAAGCAUUCACAGUAUCUUUAACUUCUCACAACUCAAGAGACAGUUGGCAGAGCCAGCAAGUUUCCCAAGCUGGAGGAUGCCAUGGCAGAUGCUGGACUUGUAUUCACUUCCCUGCUGCCCUGUCCUGAAAUCCAACUCCCUUUAACACCUUCCUUAUCUGCUUUCCACCUUACUAACUCUGGUGAGAGCUGCUCAGGUUCGCUCUGUGUUGCACAGUCCUGCUUCAGAGAGGUUGUAGCUGAUUUAGCUGUGCUCACAGGUUGUCCCGCAAAGCCAAGGUCUGCACAUGUGGAGCUGCUCACUUCAAUGGGCUGAUCUCAGUAGGCAAACACUGGUGGAGCUGGGAGGGUGAUAAAAUGAGGUUUAAGCAGUACUGGAAGGCAGAAGGGAGUCUGCCAAGAACCCCAACCUAUGCUGAGGAUAAAUGACUCUUUGCUUUCCCAGUACAUUGGAUGAGGUCCUGAAGUUAGGGAGUGGCAGCAGGUAGGGGGCAAACCUGAGGGUGAUAAGAAGACCAGAUCAGCACCAACUGUGACACAGACCAGACAAAGCAGAUGGUAAAAUCCUGGCUCCCCAAAAUUCUCUGAUAAUCCUGCCAGCAGGUACCAGAAAGAUCCUCAGUCAGUGGAUGAAUAGAUGGUUAUGCCCUGUGAAAUGCAUAUAUAUCAUCCCCAGAGUUGAAUUUGCCACAAUCAUCACAGGCGUAUGUGGGAGGGAGGUCCCAAGGUGAGCUGUGGGAGGACAGUGAGCACGUAGCCUCACACUUCAGAGGGGUUUGGCCUGAGCAGUGGGGACAGGCCUGGGGGCACUUCUUGUGAAUGUAUUGUCCCUGCAACUCUGGAUGUGAUAAAUGCUACUCCCAAAGCUUGCUUCUUCCUGCUUGUAGUCUUCACCUACAACCCUGCAUCUGGACACCCAAGGACAUCUGUUGUAGACUGGCAAGAGAACAGCUUGUUACAAAAAAAAAUAAAUCAGUAGGUAUUCCCAAAAUGAGCAGAUAUUUUAGCACCACUCCGGAGAGACCUGGUUUCACACAAGUUCAAGUGCCCAGAGCUCCUUCAAGUCCCACUGCACUGUUUCCCAGCAGCAGGAUUUCUCCAGCACUGUGAGACAGAGACAGCCUCUCAAGUACCCUCUAACCAGACCUGAUGCGAAGGGGAAGUCUGACAUGGAGCUGGCGGUGGGUUUUGGACAUUUUUUGGCAUCAGACUUAAGUGGGAGCAGCCCCACAACAUGCCAUCAGGCUGUGGUUCUGCUUGGUGUGCAAUGCCUUAUGCCGACCAUGUCAUAGCCUCUGUGGUAACCCAAGGCUGGGCUGAUGCCUGUCCUCAGGCAGGCAGGAGUCUGGGGAAAAAGCACAGCCCGAAAUGAUGCCCUGAGUGAUGUACUUUAGGAUAAGCUGGAGGAGCAGGUCAUCAUAGUCUUCCCUGAAUGGAUCUCCUCCCCUUUUUCUUUUACUUACAUUUUUAAACCAAACUCUUAAUGGUGUGACUGGGGUUUUUUAAAUCUAAUUUGCUGUUGGAAUUCCUGUCUCAUAGAAAAUUGACAUGAAAAUACAGUAUUUCCCCCCUUA